AGAGGUGUGUUUCCCCAAUCCAGCGGACUUUUUAUCUGCAAAUUUUGAUCGAGAAAAGCAAUAAUGGGUCCCCAAGAGUGGCUUGGUGAAGACGAGAGCGCCAAGGAGAUGCUCGAUAGGGUUCAGACGGAUCGGUCCUUCUUGCUUCUUCCUCCUCUUCAUCGGGUUCCUCUACGGGUCGGCAAUGUCGUCGAAAUUGUUGGUCCUUCUCCUUCCGCCAAAACCCACAUCUUGAUUCAGGCUGCAAUCAACUGCAUCCUGCCUCAAGAGUCGGAUGGCGUCAAGUAUGGAGGACUCGGGCAUUUAGUGAUGUUCCUAGAUUUGGAUUGUCGCUUUGACAUUUUACGGUUUUCGGAAUUGCUCAAGCUUCGGAUCUUGGAAGCCAGAGGUAAACUUCUUGAGUUUUAAUCUGUAAAGACUUGUUUGGUUGGCGGUGGUGGAUACUCCUUAAAAACAAGCACUUCCAUAUGAAGCUAGGAAUAGCAAAAGCAAAGCUUAAUGUCUAACUUUUCAAGAAUGAAGGAAUACCCAUUUC